UGAAGACUAUCAGCGGUGUCUCCUUUCACUGUUACCUCCUGACGAGUGAACGCAAAUCUCAGACCCCAACAUGGGAAGGGUGUCAGACGUUUUCACGGACUUUUAUGAGUUUAGAUUAUGUGCAUUCGUUCUGUUUCUUUCGUCCUUUUUCAGCAACACCAACUAUUAAAACAUCUGAGAUGAGACAGCGUCGCGCUAUCAUUGUAUGAAGGUAAAUGGACCGUUGACGGCGAUGAUGGGACAGUUGUGCUCGAUGUAUGGUCAAUGACAGGAUGGAUAUCAGUGGGAUCUUCUCUUUUAUCUUUUAUUUCUCAGUCUGUGUCUAUGGCGAGGCAGGACCAAAUGUUGCCUACCUGAAUACACUGCUGGAGAGCUCAGGUCCUCUUUCGUGCUCUGAGGGCUUCACUGAGUCAGGUUAUUACAACGGAUCAGUGUCCCAGACUGAUUCUGGUGCUCCUUGUCUUAAAUGGACCGAGUUUCCAGAUUACAUAAAGCAGUACCCCAACCGGGGACUGGGAAACCACAGCUACUGUAGAAACCCUGAUCGUGAAUCCAACCCCUGGUGCUUUUACAGGCAGCGGUCAGGAGCCAUCGGGUGGGAAUAUUGCAACUGCCAUCAAGGUGCAGCACAGUUGGUGGGAGGUUCGUCCAAUAAGAGUGGCCGUCUCGAGGUGUACCUGAAUGGCCAUUGGGGAGCAGUGUGUGACACCUACCUGACUGACCGAGAUGCCAGUGUCAUCUGUAGACAGCUGAGACUUGGUGAAAUUGGCACUGCACUGCGGCACUCGUACUUUGGGCCUGGUUCUGGUCUUUUCCACUUUGAACGUCUUGGCUGCCAUGGCAAUGAAAAUUCUCUGCUGGAGUGCCGAAGUAGAAAAUAUGUCUCUGGUGAUUGUAACCAUGGCAAUGAGGCCGGGGUGGUGUGUGCUGUACCUGAGGGCAAUGGUGCCCCCCUGAGGCUCGUAGGAGGGCUUGAGGAUUUCGAGGGGCGAGUGGAGGUGUACCAUAAUGGGAGAUGGGGCGUGAUCUGUGAUGAUGAAUGGGAUGAUAUUGAUGCUGAAGUGGUCUGCAGGCAGCUUGGAAUGGGUGGCGUGCCAAAGGCGUGGACAUGGGCGCACUUUGGACAGGGCACUGGGCCGAUCUUGCUGGAUGGGGUGCACUGCACAGGAAAUGAGCUGUCUCUUGAGGAAUGUCCUCAUGCACCCUGGGGCCAACACAACUGUGACCAUAUGGAGGAUGCUGGGGUGUCUUGCAACCCAUAUACAGAUGGAGUUUUGCGCUUAGUGGGAGCUGAUGGGCCAUGGGAAGGACGCCUUGAGGUGUAUCACGCCGGAGAAUGGGGCACAGUGUGUGACGACAACUGGACGCCACGUCACGCUCAGGUGGUGUGUCGACAGCUCGGUUACAGAGGGCGUUGUGAGUUGGCUCCAGAUGGGAUGUAUGGAGAAGGUACAGGAGUGAUCCUGCUGGAUGAGGUGAAAUGUGAAGGGGGAGAAAGUAACCUGCUGGAUUGUAGUCAUGGGGAGUGGGGGGAACAUGACUGCUCUCAUAGUGAGGAUGUGGGAAUACGCUGUGAAAGAGAAGGAUAUAACAAUGAACUUCCUGAACCGGCUCCUGCAACAGGUCCCCUGGUGAGGCUGGUGGAUGGUGAGAGCCGUAAGGAGGGCCGUGUGGAGGUGUUUAUAAACGGCCAGUGGGGUAGUGUGUGUGAUGAUGGUUGGAAUGACAUCAACGCAGGAGUAGUCUGCAGUCAACUGGGAUUCGUUGGUGUCGCCAAGGCCCGUUCCAUGGCUUAUUUCGGCGAGGGCCAGGGAUCAAUUCAUCUGGAUAAUGUGAAGUGUGUAGGGACAGAGGCUUCAUUAGGAGAGUGUUCGGCUGUUGGAUCAGACGCCAAUGACUGCAGGCACAGUGAGGAUGCAGGGGUGAUCUGUGACUAUAUCACUGAGCCUGUGAAGGACAGUGUUAUGGCAAAGCAGGAGUGUGGUUUGAGACCCAACACACAGAGGCGCAGGAGGAGGAUUGUAGGAGGAGACAAAUCUCUACGGGGGGAUUGGCCGUGGCAAGUAUCUCUGUGGCUGAGGUCUCAAUCAAAAGGCACCCAUCCGCUUUGUGGAGCAACUCUCCUCAAUUCCUGUUGGGUUAUCACAGCUGCUCAUUGUUUCAAGAGGUUUGGUUCAGAACCAUCCCGGUAUGUGUUAAGGCUCGGUGACUACCACACAGAGGAGAGGGACGAUUUUGAGCGCACUCUCUCUCCCGAGCGCAUCGUCAUCCACAGGAAGUACAACAGCCAGGGCUGGGAGUAUGAUAUUGCCUUACUGAAGUUAAAGGGUACUGAUGAGAGCUGUGUAGCCUUUAACCCACACACGAAUGCAGUUUGCCUUCCGGCUCAAAGCAACAAGAGGGGCAAGAGGCCCAUCGCCUGCAUUAUCACUGGGUGGGGAAUUACAGAUUCGGAGUAUUCCCGAACACUCCUGCAGGCCUGGGUUCCCUUACUGCCCUCCUGGAAGUGUAAAAAGCGUUAUGGAAGUCGCUUCACCAGCCGAAUGUUGUGUGCCGGCAGCUUGUCCAACCAUCGGCGUGUAGACAGUUGUCAGGGUGACAGCGGGGGACCGCUGGUGUGUCAGAGUGAGGGAGGCCACUGGAUGCUCACAGGAAUCAUCUCGUGGGGUCACGGUUGUGGCGACCCCACCUAUCCUGGUGUAUAUACACGAGUCAGCAGGUUUCUGAAGUGGAUUGAGAAAGUCACCCAACGCCCUGUCGUAGUGUGAUGUGUGUUUGUAAUACAAAAGGUUCAUCAGCUGACCAUUGGCUGGUUUGGUCCCAUUUUAUGUGUUGCACAUUUACUACUUGCACCAAUUCAAUUCCAUUUUCAAUUCCACAGGAAUGUGAAACAACAUAUCUCACAAGUAGGUGAUAUGUGGUCAGAUAAGUAUUCUUCUGGAUUGGAAGCUUUUGCUAUUGUAUAUACAUCAUUUUGCACUAGUUUGCAUGCCAUAUAUGUGGAACAUUUGUGGGAGUUCUGCCACCCACCUGUUCCGGAUCAGGUUCUUAAAUUAAAUAACAUAUUGCACUUACACAUUGUUACUCACUAGACUUGUUGUUGUACUGGAAGUUCAUAAAGGUAAGGGGGUAAAAAGAAAGGAUUCAUAAACAUUCCGCAUGUUAUUCUGUUUACAGCUAAACGUCCUUGGUUAUGCAUAUUUGUGGGGAUGCAGUUUAGGAAAAUUUUCAAAUGUGUAGACUGUAUGACAAUGCAUUUGACAAGAUGUUCCUGAAGUAUCUACUCAAGAGAUGAUAAUCUCAGUAAUGGAGUAAUCCUCAAAUGGAUGGGGUGGUGCAUAACAAGGUAUAAUUUCAAUCCCAGCAGAUAAACAUCCUGGGAACAAAAUUUGCAUUUUAAUCAUGACUAUGGUUUGAGUUUAAAAGUACACCAAGUGUUACCAUAGAAAUAAAUGUAAUGCGGGAGAAGGAAUUAUUUUAAGAUAUGGGUCAAAUCUGCUGAUUAACAGAUGUGAUCUGUUACCAUCUGACAGUCACAUGAUCACAACUUUAAGAUGCUUGAGCAAUGCAUGCUGCAUUGGUGUUUCCUCCCUCUCAAAAUGUAAAAAAAAAGGUCUAAAGCUAUUUCUGCAACCAGGUGUCAUUCAGAUGUAUUAUUGUGUUAUUUAUUUACAUAAAUUAUAGGCUUACCACAGUUUGACGAAUGAAAUGAGGUACAAUAGCAGUAUAGUACCUAAUAGUCUACUGUUUUAUAUCAGUUUUCUGUCACACUCAGUCAAUUAAAUUGUUUACUUAAAUUCUUUUGUUAUGGCUACACUUUUGUCAUUUAUUAAACUAAUCCCAAAUUAA